GCACCCGCCGCGGCCAUGGCCGGCUGCUCCCCCCUUCUCCAGCUCUGCCUCUUGCUCCAAGCCGCCUGCCUCUGCCUGGCCCAGAUUCGAGGGCCGCCGGGAGAGCCCGGCCCACGAGGGCCCCCUGGUCCCCCAGGAGUGCCAGGAGCUGAUGGCAUUGAUGGUGACAAAGGCUCUGCUGGAGCCCCCGGGGCUGUGGGUGCCAAGGGGGAGCCCGGGGCGCCGGGGCCAGACGGGUCCCCAGGGAAACCCGGCAUCGACGGCCUGACAGGAGCAAAAGGGGAGCCAGGGCCCGUUGGUGGGCCAGGACUGAAAGGCCAGCCUGGACUCCCAGGGCCACCAGGGCUUCCAGGUCCUUCACUGCCAGGACCACCUGGGCUUCCAGGCCAGGUUGGGCUUCCUGGAGAGAUUGGGGCACUGGGACCUAAGGGUGACCCUGGAGCCGACGGCCCACGGGGCCCCCCAGGCCCCCCAGGGAAACCUGGCCCCCCAGGACACAUCCAAGGACUGGAAGGCAGUGCUGAUUUCUUGUGCCCAACCAGCUGCCCACCAGGUCCCAAGGGCCCCCAGGGACUGCAGGGACUGAAGGGACACAGAGGCCGCCCUGGGGCCCUUGGGGAGCCUGGCAGGCAGGGCAGGCAGGGCCCCAAGGGAGCUGUGGGUGCCUCUGGAGAACAAGGUGUCCCAGGCCCUCCGGGACCUCAGGGCCCCAGGGGUUACCCUGGGCUGGCAGGACCCAAGGGCGAGACGGGUCCUGCUGGCUACAAGGGGAUGGUCGGGAGCGUCGGAGCCGCCGGGAGGCCGGGCAAGGAAGGUCCCAAGGGCCCACCUGGGAACCCUGGUGAGAAGGGAGAUGUGGGUGGCCGUGGCAUCAGGGGCCCCCAGGGAGACAUUGGUCCCAAGGGAGAGAAUGGUCUGCCAGGCAUCGAUGGCAAAGAUGGCACACCGGGUAUCCCUGGAGUGAAGGGCAGCGAGGGACAGAGUGGGCGCCCAGGGAUGCCAGGACACCGGGGCCAAGCUGGCUUGCCAGGCCAGCCAGGGAGCAAAGGUGGCCCAGGAGACAAGGGUGAAAUGGGUGCUCGGGGCCAAGCUGGUGUCACUGGUGCCCCAGGACAGAUUGGUGAGCCUGGACCUCGUGGUGAGCAGGGACCUCAGGGUGUCCCUGGGCUGAAGGGUGACCGGGGUGAGCGUGGCCUCGUGGGUCCCCCUGGCGAGCAGGGCAAGGCGGGGCCAAAGGGUGAGCAGGGUCCCCCAGGCAUCCCAGGACCCCAAGGCUUGCCAGGAGUCAAAGGAGACAAGGGCUCCCCAGGGAAAACUGGCCCCAAAGGUGGUAUUGGAGACCCAGGAGUUCAUGGCCUUGCAGGGCUGAAGGGAGAGAAGGGUGAAUCAGGCGAGCCAGGGCCCAAGGGACAGCAAGGCAUCCAGGGCGAGCUGGGCUUCCCUGGCCCCUCGGGGGACGUGGGUGCUCCGGGUGUGAGGGGCUACCCAGGGCCCCCCGGGCCCCGCGGCCUCACCGGGGAGCGCGGCGUGCCAGGGAUGCCCGGGCAGCGAGGCGCAGCGGGCCGGGAUGCCGGGGACCAGCACAUUGUGGACGUGGUGCUGAAGAUGCUGCAAGAGCAGCUGGUGGAGGUGGCAGUCAGCGCCAAGAGAGCUGCCCUGGGUGGGGUGGGUGCCAUGGGACCCCCCGGACCCCCAGGUCCCCCAGGGCCGCCCGGUGAGCAGGGCCCACACGGACCCAUGGGAGCCCGGGGCACCCCCGGCAUCGUGGGUGCUGCCGGGCAGAUCGGCAACGUAGGACCCAAAGGGAAGCGAGGAGAGAAGGGUGAGCGGGGAGAAGUCGGCCGUGGCCACCCAGGCAUGCCGGGUCCCCCGGGCAUCCCAGGUCUCCCUGGCAUCCCUGGCCAGGCUGUGGACGGGAAGGCAGGCGAGCGGGGGCUGCCGGGCUCCCCAGGCCAGCCGGGCCGGCCGGGGCUGCCGGGGCCUGCGGGGCUGCCGGGCUUCUGCGAGCCGGCCGCUUGCCUGGGAGCCUCGGCCUACGCCGCCGCGCGCCUGACGGAGCCGGGAGCCGUCAAGGGCCCCGUGUACUGA